GACGGAACAUCGUAGCACAGAAUAUGACGCUUUUGAAAGAUUUAUUUACUUACAUCGUGAACUAAGCGUCCCCCAACACGCUCAGAAUGAGUGAGCUUCAAACUUCUGCUGUUGCGCAACCCACCAGUACAACAGUAGGGAUUGGUUACAGCGACCAUGAAUACGAGAAGGCCGUUCAUGUUUUGGUCGAACGAUCAUCUUCCAGUUCUACCCUGUCUCAAACCCAGAACCAAACAUGUCAAGUGAUUAAUGAGGUUCAAGCCCAGAAAACCGUACCUCAAACGAAAGGUGAUGGAGGAAAGCCAGAUGGCCUGUUGUAUGUACCAGAAGUACAGGAUACUUUUUCCUGUGGUGUUUGUGGGAAGCUUUACAACAAACUCUUACCAUUCCUCAGCCACAGAAUACAAUAUGCUCAGCCUGAUCGAGGUAUGGCCUGUGAGUUGGGAGAGUCCUGUCCUAUUUACUAUCAACCAUUCCGCUUACGAGAACACUACAAGAAAGUACACAAGCUGGAUCUUCCAGACGGAUUAAGACCACGGUCGUGUCGAUCAGCUUACCGCAGGAAACCACCUGGAGGUAGCGGACCCUCGAAAGUUAUCCCGGGAAAGAGACAAAAGUCACAAAGCAGGAGAAGGAGUAAGAAAAAGCAGAAAGAAGAGGCACCCGAGGAAGAAGGUUGUGAUGGCACAGGGGAAGGUGAGAGUGAACUCACAGCUGCUGUCACCGUAGAGAACGCUGGUCAUGAAAUUGAAAUUCAUGACAAUCAGGGUAUGGCGCAUAACUCUGAUGUUGCACCCGACAACAGCAGUGCUGUAACUCAAGUUCAAGUCGGUCAGACUGCUCAAGAGACAAACAUCAUUCAGAUAGAGACAAUGGGACCAGAUGGAAACAUUUCCUACGACAGAAUCAGUGUUCAGGUUUUACCUCAGGAACCAGAGCAAAAUCAAGCGAAUGAUACCCAGACCAUGCAAAAGUCGCCAGAAAAAUCCACCACUGAAAAAGAACCGAUGAAAUCAGCCAAGGAGGACACGGCUGCUGUGGGGAGUAAUAAGGAACUUGAUUUUUACUUUUUGUUGGUAACGAGUAUGGUGCGAGGAAGUUCGUUCAUGUAUGGAAAACAGUCGUUCAAGUGCUUACACUGUGACUAUAAGACUUUCUGGAAACAGGCGUUCAUCAAGCAUAUGAAGGACAACCAUACAGACGUCUUGUCUCAGCACGAAUUCAUAGAGAUGAGAUCCACGGAGAAAAAUAGUGACCAGAAGUUGAUGAAGAUGUCUGAAUUUGUGGAACACCAGGCCGUGGGGAAGCGACGAGAGACACUGAAGACGAUCCGAGUGAAGGACAGAAUGGUGGAUAAGCAUGGCAAUUACCCGUGCACCAAUUGUAGCAAGGUGUUCAACAAAUGGAGCUACCUCAGGAAACAUAUGAGAAUACACGUACCCACCAAAAACUUCCUGUGUAUUGAGUGUGGCAAAGCAUUCAAGACAAACACCAGUCUGCAGCAGCAUCUGAAAACUCAUCAGAAAGAAGCAUACACGUGUAGUGUGUGUGGUUUCAAGUCCAAUAUCAAUGCGGCCAUCCACGCGCACCGUCAGUUCCAUAGCCAAGGGAGUGUACUCUGUGAUAUUUGUGGCAAUGCCUACACUGACAAGUCAACACUUAACAAGCACAAGCGCGUUCACGAUCCUAGCCGUCCAUUCGGUUGUCCCUACCCAGAAUGUACUUGGCGGUUUAAGACGGAGGUAAUGUGUAAUGGCCACUAUCGGGCGCACACAAGUAACGCACAGUUCAAGUGCACGCUGUGCGGUUACCAGUUUCGUCAGAAGCACCAUCUGCGACGCCAUGAACGACAGACGCACGGCAUACAGCAUCUCAAGUCACGGCAAAUGAGAUCUAAGGCCAAGGUGGACGAGGAAGCACGCGCAGUGACGAACAUCACUGUUCUACAGCCAUCACUGGACCCAGGCCAGCUGCCAGAUAUUCUGAUCCCUGUGACCGCUGAUGCGGACGGCAAUCCUAUCCCUAUAGAGUACAAAAUGGCCAACCUGGGCUCCAUGAACAUUUCCUACCAACAAGUCAUGCCAGCGGUGAGCACCUUACACAAGGUAGAUGGUAACACAGUCUACAUACCAUUGUCCUAGUGUGGGUAAUGUGAGAGACAGUUUGUUUUCAUCUGUUAUCUUGCAGCCGAGUGGGACAAUCUCAUAGCUUAUCUUAUGACAAACAAGAUUAUGUGUGCAAAUAUGUUAGUAAGAGAACACCUUUAAAUAGUGGAAAGGCCAUUUCAUGCAGAUUCCAAACAUGGUUUUUAUAAUUUUCUUUACGUGUUUUUUUUUUACAGCGAAUAAAAUGCAAAGAAAGAAAAUAACCAUUGUGGUACUACUGUGACCCAUAUACACACAUUGAACACGCUGAAGAUCGGUGACAUCACAGCUUCUUUUCUGCGGCUACUGUUAAAUAGAUUCUACCAUUUACAUUUUCACUUUGAAUACCUAUAUAGAUGUAGUACAUUCAUGUUGGACAGAGAAAUAUAGCAGUAAGAGUAUGUUUAGAGGCUUAGUUUACCCUGGGCUCUUCGUGGUUUCCUCCCACCAUAAUGCUGGCCGCUAUCGUAUAAGUGAAAUAUUCUUAAGUAUGUCAUAAGACACCAAUCAAAUAAAUACAUAAAUCAAAUGUUUAGCAGCUUAAAAGAUUCUGUGACAUCAAUGUGCAUCAGAUUGUUGAAUAUUGCCCAAAAAGUCCACCGUAGAAGAUUGUGAAUAUUUGCAUUAUAUUCACUGUAAAAAGACAUACUUGCAGUCAGCACAAAAUGACCUUUUAGACAAUGGGCACUUAAAUAUUUAAAGGUGAUCCGUUCUUUUAAUAAUAGUGUUGUACUGUUACAAAAGCUGUCACAAUUUCUAGAUAUUCUGAUGAAAUACAUACUGAUUUUUGGGGGUGUUCUGUUUGUUUAGAGUUUCCAGACGGUUGAGAUGCUUAGUAUAGUGUUGCAAUAACAUGUAAGAUCAGUGUUUACUGAUUAAGACAAAUUAAAGGUAGAUGUGGUAGUAGUGGUCCAGAUACCAUGCAUGUAAUUAAGAUCAUCUUUAAUAAGCUUACAUUUCUCCUUGUUCUUGAUAUUCAUACACGUGUACAGAUUGAAGAUAGUGUUUCUAAUUAUGAUGUAUGUAUGUAGAUAUAUUUAAAGAAUAGCAAAGAUGCAAACUGAUAAUGUCUGAUUAUGAUGAAAACAGCAGUUUACGGUUCUGUGUGUUCUUCACAGAGUUUGUUGAUUGGGAAGUCAAUGGUUUGACCUUGUUUUGAUCAUUCAUUUCCUAGGUGUCGGUGUUCUGGGGCUCGUUUCACAAAGCGCGCAUUACAUUACGUGCAUGUAUUUACCAUGGCGACCAGUAUUGUAGGUGUUACGUCUUCAUGGUAGUUACAUAAACAUAGCGCUACGUGUGCUUGGUGAAACGGGGCCCCGAUCUUUGAAUGUCGAAAAGUCACUUUAUACUUCACUAUUCUUCAUUCGUUCCUAAUGUGUAGAGUCAAAAACAGUUUGAUAUCUUAUAACAUUAGAUGUUUAUGAGUUGAUAGAAUACAUCAUUGAAAAGGCUGUUUCACCUACUCUGGAUGAUAAUAUCUAAUUUUAAUUUCAAUACCUGCGGUGAAGUAAUGAUUGAAUAGUAACAAGAGAUUGACAUCUUCAAACGUUUCAGUUGCAAUUCAUGCCUCACAACUGUGUGAUUUGAUAGAAUACACACAAAUGAAUACAAGAUUGAAAGUGCUGGGACAGUCGAGGCUGGACGAUAAUAUCUGAAUUUAAUUUGAAUACCUGUGGUUAAGUAAUUAUUGAAUAGUAACAAGAGUUUGACAUCUUUAAAUGUUACAGUUAUAUUUCAUGCCUUACAACUUUAUGAUUUGAUAGAAUAGCUGUAAAUAAAUACGACAUUGAAUAGUUGGGGAUGGUCGAGGCUGGAUGAUAAUAUUUAAAUUUAAUUUGAAUACCUGUGGUUAAGUAAUUAUUAAUCACUUGUGUGACAGUUGCAGUUCAUGCUGUUUAUAUGAUUUUGAUAGAAUACUUGUAAUGGUAAAUGAAAACGGCAUUGAAUCGGCUGGGAUGGCCUCCCUUAGAUGACAAAGCGCAAUUUUAAUUUGAAUAGCUUUAGCAAAGUAAUGAUUCAGUAGCCACAAGAGUUUGACAUCUUAAAACAUGACAGUUGCUGUUCAUCUCUUUGUGAGCCAUAAAAUAAAUGUAUAUGAGAUUGAGGAGGCUGGUGAGCUCUACAUUGUACAGUACAUGGACGGCAGUUUAAGUAAUUAUUAAUUAAAGCACUGUAUUGUUGAACCAUUGAGAAAUCAUACUAAUCAGGUUUAUUUGUGCAAAUUUCAAUUAUUUAUUUGUGUCAAAUGCUUAUUUGCAUAUUUGGUUUGAUAUUCUUGUUGAUCUAAUUUGAUUAUUUUGACUUUGUUCUGUUAUUCCCUGGCAUGUGAACGUGUAACAUGUGGGUACAUGAAAUGUGUGUACACAUGUGUAAUGAUUAAACGUAUACAAUCUGAGAUAAGAGGGGCUUUUUGUUAUCUUACUGGACCAACUUUCACAAAACUUAGUAAAUCAGAUUUCUCAAAGUUCAUGUAAAUAAUGUUGAAAUUUUUAGGACUUGUACCAUAAUCCAGACACU